CGUCGUCGGUACCCUGGUCUUUUAGCCGGUGUCCGGAAAAACCCCAGUAGCGGCCAUGCGAGUUCGCCGACCACCACUACUACAACGACCACUGACACCUCCUCUGUCUUCUCAGCCAUGGACCGAUCAGAUCAGCUGCUGUUGAAUCAGCGCCAGCAAGCCCUAAGGAAUCUCAGUUUGGCUGAUGUUAUUCACCCGAGACAACAGAGUGCUCCUGCCGCAGAGGCAGUGGGAACUACCGACAGCAGUGGAAGUACGCUAAAGAUCAUUGUAUACAUUCGGCAGCAACCCACUCGCACGGACCAUCUUGCCUGCAAAACGACGCUGCGUUGCCAGCUCAAACUGUCGUCCAUCCUAUUUCCUACAGUCUGUUUCGAACUACCAUGGACGCUCGAGUUUGAUGCGUGA